UAUGAAAAAUGCUGUAAUUGGAAACAACAAACAAAAAGCCAACUUGAUUGUUUUGGGAGCAGUUCCAAGGUUGCUAUACUUGCUUCAGCAAGAAAACUCUAGCACUGAGCUGAAAACGGAAUGUGCAGUUGUUCUGGGAAGCCUUGCAAUGGGUACAGAAAAUAAUGUUAAAUCUCUACUGGACUGCCAUAUCAUACCAGCUUUAUUGCAAGGGUUACUGUCACCAGAUCUUAAAUUCAUUGAAGCUUGCCUCAGGUGUCUUCGUACUAUUUUCACCAGCCCUGUCACUCCUGAAGAAUUAUUGUAUUCAGAUGCUACAGUUAUUCCCCACCUCAUGGCACUGCUUAGUAGAUCUCGAUAUACUCAAGAAUAUAUAUGUCAGAUCUUCUCACAUUGCUGCAAACUCCGACACUGGCAUAGCUGCGGCUUUAAAUCCUCACCUCAGCCACUUCUAUGUGCCAAUGGUCCAGACCAUCAGAUAGUGCUGUUUAAUCAUGGAGCAGUGCAGAAUAUUGCUCAUCUAUUAACCUCUGCAUCUUAUAAAGUUCGAAUGCAAGCACUGAAAUGUUUUGCAGUUCUAGCCUUUGAAAACCCUCAGAUAUCAAUGACUCUUGUAAAUGUGUUGGUCGGUGGAGAACUAUUACCACAGAUAUUUGUGAAAAUGUUACAAAGAGACAAGCCCAUUGAAAUGCAACUCACAUCAGCCAAAUGCCUUACAUACAUGUGCAGAGCUGGAGCAAUCCGUACAGAUGAUAUUUGCAUUGUGUUGAAGACAUUACCAUGUUUGGCACGGAUGUGUAGUAAAGAGAGACUACUAGAGGAGAGAGUAGAUGGAGCAGAAACUCUGGCCUAUUUGAUUGAAACAGAUAUUGAACUACAGAGAAUUGCCAGUAUUACUGACCACCUUAUUGCAAUGCUUGCAGACUACUUCAAAUACCCUAGUUCAGUGAGUGCCAUCACUGAUAUAAAAAGGCUUGACCAUGAUUUAAAACAUGCUCAUGAAUUGCGCCAGGCUGCAUUCAAGCUCUAUGCUGCACUUGGAGCAAAUGAUGAAGAUAUUCGAAAGAAGAUAAUUGAAACUGAAAAUAUGAUGGAUCGGAUUGUAAAUGGCUUAUCUGAGUCUAGCAUCAAAGUGCGCUUAGCUGCAGUCAGAUGUUUGCACAGUUUGUCAAGAUCUGUACAGCAACUACGAACAAGUUUCCAAGAUCAUGCUGUAUGGAAACCCUUAAUGAAGGUAUUACAGAAUGCUCCAGAUGAAAUUUUAGUGGUAGCAUCUUCUACUCUAUGCAAUCUUCUCUUAGAAUUUUCUCCAAGCAAAGAGCCUAUCUUAGAAUCAGGAGCCAUAGAACUUCUCUGUAGUUUAACUCAGAGUGACAAUCUUGCCUUGCGAGUGAAUGGAGUUUGGGCUUUAAUGAAUAUGGCAUUUCAAGCAGAACAGAAGAUCAAAGCAGACAUUUUGCGAGGCUUGAGUACAGAGCAGUUAUUCCAGUUACUCUCUGAUUCUGAUGUAAAUGUACUAAUGAAGACUUUGGGAUUACUUAGGAACCUUUUGUCUACUCGCCCCCAUAUAGAUCAGAUAAUAAGUACUCAUGGGAAACAGAUCAUGCAAGCAGUGACUCUCAUUCUGGAAGGAGAACACAAUGUGGAAGUCAAAGAACAGAGCCACUCAAAUGCUAAACUUCAACUGGCUGCCAUGUUUUGUGUAUCUAAUCUUAUAUGGAAUGAAGAAGAAGGUUCCCAAGAUCGCCAGGAUAAACUCAGAGAUAUUGGAAUAGUAGAUAUUCUACAUAAACUGAGUCAGUCGUCAGAUCCAAAUCUUUGUGAAAAGGCGAAAACAGCACUCCAGCAGUACCUUGCGUGAUGAAAGAGAAGUUGAACUUUCAUAUAAUUUUCAAAGCUAUAUAGUAAGGAAUAAUGGGAAAUAGCUGCACCUAAUUUCCUUACCUUUUGCACAAGGCACCUUGGGCUGCAUUUGUCUCAGGUGCAGGGAGCUGCUUGGCAGGAGCAGUUUAAGUGAUCAGGUCUCCAAUGCACUUGAGGACUUUAUUGAGGUAGUUCCUCUAUUCAGAUACCUGUUCUGGGAUAUUUUUGUCUGAACUACCUGACUUCUACUCGAACAAUCAGUAGUCUUUUUUCUUUGGGCCUACAAUAUUCUGCUUAUACCACAGCUGAUGUAAGGCUGUGUCUGGGUGGGUGUGAUACCUCAGAGCUUUUUCUUUUUCUUUUUUCCCCCCUCCGUGUGUGUAUGUGUGUGUGAUUUUUUUCUACAGAUUUUCAAGGGUGAACCAUUGUUUGCUGUAUGAAAACUUUAAAAAAUUAUAUACAAUUUGAAUUGAAAUGUUAUUUAAUAACAGUUUUGUCCCAUGAAGUUUAUUUUGAUCAGAUGAAUGUUUUUAAGUAAAAUAUAUGCAUUUGUUAAACCUCAGCUUAAUGUACCUGUAUUUCCUCUUUUGAAACAAAAAGAUACGUAUAUGACAGGUAACAGAUGCAAUGUGAUUUAUGCUUGCCUCUUACUGCCACUUGUUACUAGUGACAGCUCCUUGGAUUAAAGAAAGCAGAAUUCCAAGAUCCCCAAAUGGAUUUUUUUUCAGUACACAUAAAUGAUACCAAAAUUGGAAUUGUGGAAAUUAUACCUACUGGAAUUUUCCAGCAACAAAACUAGACUUCCCCAUGCAGAUACAAUGCUGCUUUGGAAACUUAUAUUUAUUAUAAACUGUGUUACUUUUACAUAACGUGAAAUCGUAAGAGUGAAUUGAUUUAAGUAAAAGAAUUGACUGCUGGUUGGAAGUACGCUCUUAGAAAAAUUGUAGGCAUCCCCAUAAAAAAUCUGGAUGUAAAUCAGACCUUAAAUAUUUUAAAAAUACAUUUUUAUCACAUAUACAUGGUAGAGGAAUAGGUUAUUCCUGCAGCAGAGAAGAACAAUGUUAAGAUGAGUUUUUUAUAUCAUUUUGUAAUCUCUGCCUCAUACCUUGUUGUUUACCAAGUAAGUUUCCUGUGGUCUUAAGCCCACAGGUAUUGGUGUCAAGGGACAAGAGCGCCAGUCAGAAAUUGAGUGUCUCAUUUCACUCACUAGUUUCAGUCAUCCCAAACAUUUAUUUAUAGUUAAUAAAUAUUCUGCUGCCUAGACACUUUGCAUUAUAUCAAAGCAACUUUUAGAGCUUGUGCCUCGGCUGGAACUGUUAAUAAGCUGGAGGGAGACUGCAAAAAUAAAGCUAGAGUUUUUAUAUAUGGUUUUCAUGUUUUCUUUUACUCUGAAAGGCAAGUCAUAGCAAUUCAGGGAAUGUAAUAGGUGAAAUUAUUUCUCACUGUUAUUGCUACAAGCUUAUUGGGUUCAGACUUCUGCAGGUAUGCAUAAUGCGCUCUCCUGCUAGUUAAUAUUUUAGAAGUAAAGCCUCAAGUCAUCAAUUGGUUGUAGCCUUAAUAAUACUGAGAAAAAUCACUUUCUUGACAGCAUUAUCUGAAUCCAUUCCCUGUGAGAAAGGCUAGGGAGUGCUUCUUUAUCUUGACCACUGCUUUUGCACUCUGAAUUAUUAUUAUUACACAGGCACUUCCAAUUCUGUGGAAUGACUCCAUUUACACAUAUGCAUAUCCUUUGAUUUUGAGAUAUAGAUAUGCUUAAACCUGUGUUGAAUAUAGCUGGGAUAUGCAAAUUUUCAGCUAUACAUUUGAAGAUUUCUUUUAGAGUGGCUAUGUAUAUGGAAGGAAGAUAUAAACUAUGCUAAGACAAUCUGGAUAAUGGGGGUGGGCAAGGUGAAUGGAUGAAAUAUUAAGAUGGUAAGUGAUAACGAAGUGACAUUUUGCACUUUGCAUUGUGAAUAUUUUUGAUGUUGCUAUAAAUAUGUACAAACACUGUAAAUAAAAAAACAAAUGUCCUUUUAUCGGA